AUGGAGACAAUCAGAAGGCUCCUUUCUUUAGCCCUUCUAAUUUCGUUAUGUCUGGCAGAAACAAAUUUGAUGGAGCCUCAAGGCAAAUCGAGCUGUGGUGGCCACCUAAGAGAGAUCCAAAAGGCUCUGAUCCUGAACCCCAAUGCCAAUGAAAGCUGCACCUGGACAAUACAAAGACCAGAAAAUGAAACUCUCAGACUCAUCUUUUCCCACUUUCAGCUUGACCCAAGUUCAAGUUGUGAAGUUGAAAACAUUAAAGUUUACGAUGGUGCAACCACUGAUAUGCCUCUUCUUGGGAAAGUCUGCAGCAAAGUCGACUAUGUCCCAGUAUUUGAAUCAUCAUCUAACAGCCUCACAUUUCAGAUCUCCACCAGCUCUUCAAUAAUUCAAAGAAGUGCCUUUGUUUUCUAUUACUACUUUUCCUCAGAAAGGAGAAUCGAUAAUUGUGGAGGCUACCUUGAUUCUUUUGGGGGCUCCUUUACCAGUCCCAAUUACCCAAGGCCACACCCAGAGUUUGCUUAUUGUGUGUGGUACAUACAAGUGGAGAAGGGCUACAAAAUAAAUCUAAACUUCAAAGAGAUUUUCUUAGAAAUAGAUGACAACUGCAGAUUUGAUUUUGUUGCUGUUUAUGAUGGUCCCUCCACAAAUUCUGGCUUACUUGGACAAGUGUGCGGUCGGAUCACACCGACCUUUCAAUCUUCUUCAAACACUCUGACAGUUGUACUCUCUACGGAUUAUGCCAAUUCCUACCGAGGCUUCUCUGCUUCCUAUACUCCAGUUUAUGAAAAAGAGGUCAACAGUACAUCCUUGAGUUGCUCUUCUGACCAAAUGACAGCUAUCAUAAGCAAAUCCUAUCUGCAGUCGCUUCACUAUGAUGAGAAUAAUUUACAACUGAAUGAUCCACUCUGCAAACCAAGAAUAUCAAAUGUUUUGGAAUUUUCUAUCCCUCUGAAUAAAUGUGGUACAACUAAACAGGUCAAAGAUCACACCAUUACUUACACAAACACCAUCACUGUUACUAACUCUUCUGCGGUGAUCACUCGUCAGAAACAUGUCCAAUUUAUUUUGAAAUGUGAGAUGGAAAACAAUUCUACUGCAGAAAUAAUGUAUAUAACAGAAGAUGACAUAAUUAAAAGUAUGAGUGCUGUGGGGAAAUUUAAUAUAAGUAUGGCUUUUUAUGAGUCAGAAUCCUUCAACAAUCCUUUACUCAGCUCACCAUACUAUGUGGAUUUGAACCAAACACUCUUUGUUCAAGUCAGUCUUCAUGUGUCAGAUCCGAAUCUAGUAGUAUUCCUUGAUACCUGUACAGCAUCUCCCACAUCUGACUUGGCCCCACCGACGUAUGACCUAAUCACAAGUGGAUGUAGUAAAGAUGAUACUUGUAAGACCUAUCCCCCAUCCGGGCACUAUGGAAGAUUUCAAUUCAGUGCUUUUAAGUUCUUGAGAAGGCUUGGAUCUGUUUAUCUCCAAUGUAAAGUUUUGAUUUGUGAAAGUAAUGACCCAGAAUCUCGAUGUAAUCAAGGUUGUGUCUCUAGAAGAAAACGAUCUAUUUCUUCAUAUAAAUGGAAGACAGAAUCAGUCAUAGGUCCUAUUCGUUUGAAGACAGACAAUAUUGCAAGUAGCAAUUCAGAAUUUCAGAAUCAAGUCCAUGUAGAAGAAAGUCAACAGGCUUGGCCUUUCAGCAGUUUAUAUCUUUCCUUUAUGGUACUGGCUCUGAAUGUGGUGAUCGUGGCAGCAAUGCUAGUGAGACAGUACAGAACUCGUGGAAGAGAAUGCCAAUACCAGAAGCUACAGAGCUACUGACAGAAGUAUCCAGGACCAAGUGAGAAACGUUUCGCCAAAACACCUAAUAACAUGUUGUUUUAGCGUUGGAUGGUUAAUACUGGGAAGUUCAAAAAUAAAUCUGAAGGGAACCUAAUAAAACCAAAAAAUCCCUACAA